AAAUCAUAACAUCGCCGCCGAUCAUUGCGAAACGUUGUAAACAAAUAAUACCACAAAACUCGUGGUUCGUAACGUUUUCAGCCGGGGACUACGAAUUACGUGAUCAUCAGGUCCGGCAUGACGAGCAACAGCUUACACAUGCUGCAACGUAUAUUUCCCCGCUGGCGAAGUGCACAAACAUCGCUCUGCCGAACGAUAGUGAACGAUGCCGUAGCAACUAAACCCAAAACACCACGUGUUAGGAAACCUAAGGCACCUGCAGCAGCAUCGGCAGCAGCAAACAGCACCACCACAGCCGAUACUGCCAUACCGAAACAUGUGCUUGAAUACUUUCAAACCACACCCGGCAUGGAUGCGUCCGUGCUGAAACAAUUCCCUCCCUCGAUCCUACGCAAAAGCUCCCUCAGUACCGAACGCUUUUACCUCGCAAAUCGCACGACGGCCGCCCGCAUCGCCGAUGUGCUGACACAAGACCUUCCGGCCGAUCGGUUGCUGGUGGAGGUAAAUCCCGGCCCAGGUCUGCUGACCGAACAGCUCGUGCAGCGCAACGUGCACAACCUGCGCCUGUACGAAACGGAUGCAUCGUUCGAAGCGCGACUAAACGCCACAUUCAACCUGCCAAAGGAUGCACUCCGGAUAGGAGAUUUCAACGGGCUGUGGCGAUUGUCGUACCUGGACGGGUUCGACAAUGGGCAGCGGGUGUGCGGCAUGCUGAGCGGCAUUCCGCACAGAAAGUGGCAGGAAGAGGUCAGCUUUCGGCUGUUUUCGGUCAUCGGCACCGUCAAGUAUCUGCGCUAUCUGAUGAACUCGAUCACGCUGCAGUCGGAAUUCUUUUCGCUCGGCCGGUAUGAAAUGUUUCUCGUAAUGUCUCCGCUACUUUUCUCGCACAUUGCCUCCACCAAAGAUGCCGGCUACAAGCUGUACCGCGGCGGUACGAUAGUGUUUCAGCUGUACUUCGAGCACGAGUUCCUGGGCAAGGUGCCGAGCAAACACUUCCUUCCCUGGUGUACGACCGGCGGCACCAAGAAGCUUCGCACGCUGCACAAGCAACUCAUCGAGGACGGUGCGGAAGAGUGGUAUCUGGUGAGGAUCGUACCGCGCCGCAACCUGUUCGACCAUCUGCUGCCCGACAAUCUGGGCCUGUUUGCGUCGUUUGUAACGCAGCAUUACGUAAGCAGGCGAAACCGCAUCAUCCCGUCGCUAGAACACUGGAUACCGCACUGUGGAGCACGCCUAAUACUAAACUCGAACUACACGCGCAAAUCGUCGUCGAAAAAGGACCCCACUCGCGGUGUGCUACCCAGCCAGCUGUUAAAAUCGGUCCCCCUGUCCUCGAACGACUAUGUGGACAAUUUUAACAUUUUCACCGAAUUCGGUGAGCUCACGCCGGCGCAGGUGCUGACACUGUUCAACGAGUUCAUCAACUGGUCCGAGUUUCACCAGUCCCCGUUCAUGCAGGCGGUCGAAAGCCAGAAGCACAAGCAGCAGCGCUUCGCACGGUCCCUCGACGACGACGAGUCGGCCGACGAACCGGGCGAAGUGCAGCGAGCGAAAAGCAAGAAAAGUACUGACACACUUUAGAAACACACUA